GUCACUACUCAUCGAUGCAUCUUCCACCUUGGUCUCUCUGCAUUUAUGUUUGAAGGCGUCGAUGUGCGUAAGGUUGUGAGAGUGUUGGAGUAGAAUUUGAGGAGGUAUCUAAAUGGUGCGUGUGUCUUUUGUGUUAUUUCGCUGCUUCACUCGCUUCCUCCACCAAUACCAAAAACAGGCGUCUUCUUCCUGUUCAGCGCAGGCCGUCUCGCCCUCAUCCGUUUCCAAUCCUCAAAAACCCUCGCCUACUACGCACGCGCUGCACAAACUCAGACGCAGUACAGGAAUUUACGCCAAUCUUCGUGAUGGGAGAGUGCGGUUGGCCUGUUUGGGGCUUUGGAGCGUCGCAGAAAGUAGAUCGUUGUGGGGGAAACUUGGGGGCGAGGCUACAGUGAGUUUAUCUUUCCCUCUUUCGUCUUCAUAUUCCUCUUUUUUUACUUCCGUGUAUCGAUCUCUGACUGUCAUCUUGGUGUACCUCUUCGUCUCGUGUGCCUUGUUUUGUGUCGGUGUACCUCCGCUUCACCUCAUGGAACCCAGUACAUCCAGUGGUCGAAAGCGACACAUACAUAUGGCUAAGCAGUGUGCCUAGCCACACUCGGCGAACAUGCAGAAGUGAAGAGGCUGGGCGCGUCCAAGGGCUGAGGCUGAAAAACACGGGGAAGAGUAUUCCUGUCGAGCAUCCGUUUACGGUCACAACUCACGCCUCACGAAGCCCACACAUUUAAUUCAUUGUAUGUCGGUAGAAAAGCAGAAGGUAGCAAACACAAGUUCGCAAUUAAC